CGUAGUGAUUAUAUGCUCUUUGUAUCGUAUCAUUGGUCAUAAUCAUAAUGUCAUAGUAAAAAUGUAAUAAUAUUACAGUUUUUUCGUGAUUUAUGUAGAAUGUUUUUUGGAAAAUAUGUGGUGUGAUUUUCAUUACGACACAUGUGGUGGAAGCAGGAGAAAUAAAUACGAACUAGUCCUGUACGUUCCAAGGCAUCAAAUAGCUGUGCUGAAGGCAGACGAUAAAACAAUUUAAACAGUGAUCUUUUAAUUUUGGUAAGAGGCGUAAUGGUGCUUAAUGAUGGAACAAUGAUUUCCGACGACGAAAAAGUAGCUCUGGCGAAUAUCUGCCGCGAUUAUGUCCGAGGUUGCUGCGUGCGUGAAAAUUGUCGAUAUACUCACGAAAAGCCACCUAUGAAUCGUUUAAAAGAAUUGUUCCGGUUUUGUCACGACUAUCAGAAUAAAGGUUGUUUCAGAAAUAAUUGCAAGUUUCUGCAUUUCACUCUGGAAGAGGAAGCGCAUUUUUAUUCCACGGGCAACUUUCCUCAGACAGAUCCUAGGGAACGUGGAAUGAUCCCAGUAUGCCAGGCGUAUUUACAUGGCUCCUGCUCCAACCCUGAAUGCAAGUUGAUUCACCCUCUUCAUCUAGCCACUAAUGAACACCACCCUGAGAUAAACAUGCCACCACCACAUUUCAAUCGUCCACCACCUAUGCUAAGAGAUGAAGACUCACCCCCUGAAUGCAAAGUAAGGCGCUACACUUAUGAAGACGUGGCUAUAGAGAAUCAAAUACCUGCACCAAAUAUAUGCCAAAACUGUGACUCCUUAGACCAUAAAGUAAAACUAUUACAUGAUAACAUAAGUGUUUUGCUGAAGAAAGUAGCAGACUUGACAGAGAAAAAUGUUCAAUUGACUUCUAUGAAUGAGUUUUUACUGGAGCAGGCAGCUGCUAAUAGGGGUGAACAGUCAUGUAUUAUUACAUCCCGCCAUGGAUCUUCAGCUCCUGUGUCCUUAGCUACAGUUAGCAUGACACCUGUAGUGAGCCUCUCUGGUGCAUUGCCUGCUUUAGUUCCUGCUGCUGCAACUCCAAAUCUAGCUCUGGCACCAGCGGCAUCCAGAGCUCAGUUGCUAACUCCAGCCCCACAAUUGUUGACAGUAAGUACAACACAACAGUUGAUGGGUAAUUCGGGAGCACUCAUAGUGACUAGUGCGGGUGCUCAGCAGUUAAUGCAAGUGAGUGAUUCAGGGACUUUGAUGGGAGGUGGACAGACAGUAGUGGCAGUGACACCAGCACAGUUGACACUGGCACCCCCACCGCAACAGCUCAUGGGGAAUGCAUCUCAAACAACAGUUCAGCAGCUUGUACAGCAGACGGCACUGCCGCCACAGCUAGCGGCGCAGCAACAGCAAUUUACGGCACAGCAGUCCGUGCAGCACCUUGCUGCUGCCCAGCAGAACGCCCAACACCUAGCUGCGCAACAGUCAGCACAGCAUUUGGCAGCGGCGCAGCAGUCCGCACAACAACACUUGGCGGCUCAACAAUCGGCACAGCACCUAGCUGCACAGCAGUCACAGCAAUUAGCCCAGCAAUCUGCUCAGCAGCUAGCUGCUCAACAGGUCCCAUCAGCCCAGCAGCUUGUUCACCAAACUUCCACUCAACAGAUUACCAUCUCCAGCACUAGCCAGCCAAUGGCUCUUUCGAAUUCUCAAAACCAACCCUUAACAUUUCCAAUUAUAUCACAGAGCAUAUUGCCCCACUGAUUUUAUAACAUUCUGAAUUAAAUUACCUAUGUAGGCCAUGGGUCUCCAAACUACGGCCUACUACACCAAAGGAAGAGGGACAGACAAAUUUAGCUAUAUGGAACUUGGUUAAAAAGUUUGGAUUAUGGCACUUGCUGGUGAUUAAACUGUUACAAUAAUGUUUGAAUUUACUUUUAGUGAAUCAUGUGAACACCAGUGGAUUAUGAAUGACCAUUUUAUUGUUUUAAUUUUGCAGUAUUUUGUUGUAAAUCCUGUAAUUAUAUUUAAUUUUAUAUCCUACUAUAUCACACAUAGGGGAAAAUCUCAGUUUUGUAGCUUGAAUAUCUUGAAUCUUGAAUAAGGCACUUUACAGUACCUAAGAAUAUGAAGCUGUACAUGAAUAUAUAUAGGAAUAUGUUAAUCAUGCAAUGUAUUUUCUAUAAAUAAAUAUGAUAUUAAUGAUUACAUAGGUUUGCGAUCGAAACCUCUUUUUGCAUUGUAGUAAUAACACUGUUAUGACAUUCUUUUUAUGUCAUCACAUGCCAGUCUUUCCUAUAAGUAAAAUAAAAAUAUUAUUACUAGAAACCUUAACACUUAAAGAGUCUGUUUUCACUGGCAAUUCUAAAAAUCUUAUGAAAAUCUAGUGGUAUCUCCCACAAAUAGACAAUGAAUCCUCAGUUUGAAAUGCUGGCGUGCACACUACACAGCUCUUUCUAACACUUGUUAAAUGUUGCUAUAUUGUAUACGAUUGUGUAUAGGAUCAAUACAUAUUAGUUAUUUAUUUAUGAGUCCCUGGUUUUGUAGUUAAAUAUGGCAAAGGCUCACAAGUAAAAUCCAUCUUUAAUAGUUCUGCCAGGCUGUUCUCACUGGUAUAUGUAUUGCUGCAUUUUAUUAAGUGUAAUCAGCCCCUUAUAUUUAAGUUAGCAUUUUACUGUAUUAUUAAACCAAAACUUGUCCAUUCAUUGGAUGCUAAAUAGCCCCAAAUUAGUGUCUUGAAUAAAUUUUAAUAAAAUACGUUUUCUUUACUGUGAACUGUAAAAUAGGGUAAAACCACAAAUGAAUGAUAAGGCAGUGCCCAGUGGUGCCCAUAAAAUUAAAUAAGGUUGAACAUGCCAAUAACUGAAGGGGAGACUACAACAGAAUACAGAUAUUGUUCUGGAUUUACCCUGUUUUACCAUUUUCUAAUCUAAACGAAAUGUCAUGUACUUUUACGUGGCUUGGUGAUAUUGAGCUAUGUUAAGCAAUUGGUGUAAUUAUAGGUAAUAAUUUAAACUAUUAAAAUAAAACGAAUUGUUCCAUACAAA